CACUCAGCCAUCUUGUGGAAAGCGAGAGAGAGAGAGAGAGAGAGAGAGAGCCACACAACUCGCAUACAAACCUUGUGCUGUCAGAACAAGCAGAGAACUUCGAGGAAGAAUGGCCGAAACCCAGACACUUAACUUUGGACCAGAAUGGCUCCGUGCCUUGUCUGGAGGGGGGAGCAGCGGUAUUGGUGGUGGUGGUGGAGGAGGCGGCUGUGGGGUUGUCUCUCCACCCCUCUCACCUGCAUUGCCAAAGUAUAAACUCGCAGAAUAUCGCUACGGAAGAGAAGAAAUGUUAGCACUUUAUGUAGAGGAUGACAAGAUCCCCUUAGACCUUCACGAUAAAGAGUUCCUGCCCAUAUUGCAAGAGGAGCCCUUGCCGCCCCUGGCACUCGUGUCUUUUACAGAGGAGGAACAGAGAAAUUUUUCCAUGUCUGUAAACAGUUCAGCUGUACUCCGGCUGACAGGGCGUGGAAGCGGUCCGAUAGUAGGGGCACCAAGAGGCCGAAGUACCUCAAGGGGUAGAGGCCGGGGAAGAGGAGAUGGAGGGUUUUACCAAAGAAGUUUUGAUGAUGUGGAAGGUUUUGGUCGUGGAGCGAGGGAGAUGCAUCGCUCCCAAAGCUGGGAAGAAAGGGGAGAAAGAAGGUUUGAAAAACCAGGUCGAAAAGACCCAGUUGAAGUUGUUCCAGGACAUUUUCCGAUGAUUCCCGUCCGAGUCAACUAUGAAGACGGUGUAACCGGCCUACCGAGGAAGCAAGACUUCACACGUUCAGAGAGUGAGAACUGGCGUUCUGCUCAGAAUGGUGAGGAUGAUGAGGGGGGCUGGUGCCCGGCGGGGUUUCGAUCGGAGAGUGAGCGGUGGUGCCCCCCGAGCCCAGCGGAAGGGCCUCGGUCGGCAGGGUGGCGGGAACUCCCAGAUCAGCGUCGUCGUUUCCCAUUCGAUGCCAGAGAAGACGAGCGCGGCUACAGGAGGCCGCGAUCAGGCAGCGGCAGCCUGGACGACGACAGCCUGCCAGAGUGGUGUCUGGAGGACGCAGACGAGGAGGCGGGCACCUUCGACUCAUCGGGGGCUUUUCUCUCACUCAAGAAAGCUUCCAAGGAGCCAAUUCUGGAGGAGGGAGAGCUGGACUUCAAACCCUUGGAAGAGUGUGAAGAAGGCCUGGAAGAGGACGACUGUCAGCUCAAAGGGACCAAAGAUAUUGAAACGGAUGCAGAACGAAAAGAGUAUUCGAGAGCAUCAGAGGAGGCGUUACCUGCAGCCCCUCCGGUCUCUGAGCCUCAGUCUCGGUCCCUGAUCCAGCCAAACAGAACAGAAGAGUCUGAGAGGCCGAUUGAACGGCAGUCACCGCUGGAGCUGCCCCCAGAGAACUGCAAAGCCCCCCUGCACGUCCCCAUGUCCAAUAGCAUGCGUGAAUCCCUACCCAUGAACCACAUUUCUACAACCCUUGCAGAAGUAUCUGCUCCAUCACCCAGCGUCCAGCUAUCGCAAAAGCACAUGGUGGUCCCCGCGGCGAUGAAACAUCCUUUGUCCUUCUCCUCGAGUUUAAUGGCACCUAUUGGCAGGCCCACGGCUGUGUCACACGACACAGAUGAAGACGAGAGACUCAAACACUUUGAGCAGGAGGCAGAGAAGAUGGUAGCAUACCUUCAGGAUAGUGUGGUGGAUGAUGACAGACUUACAGUAAAGACUUCAGAGAAGCCCAAACCUGUAGGCCUUCCGCUCACCAACGAGGCCGCUCUCAAAUGGUUCUACAAAGACCCCCAAGGGGAGAUACAGGGACCAUUCAGCAACCCAGAGAUGACGGAGUGGUUUCAGGCCGGUUACUUCACCAUGUCUCUCUUGGUCAAAAGAGGGUGUGACGAGGUGUUUCAAGCACUGGGGGACAUAAUAAAGAUAUGGGGGAGAGUACCGUUCACACCUGGCCCAGCACCACCUCCUCUACAGGCUGAAGGUGAUCAGGAGAGGUUGAAGAGGCAGCAGGAGCUCACUGCUCUCAACCUCUACCAGUUACAGCAGCUCCAAUAUCAAUACCUCCUCAGGCAGCAGUAUGCUCAGGCGCUGGCUCAGCAGAAAACUCUGAACUCGGCUCCUCUUCAACAGCAGCAGCAACACCAACAGCAGAUCAACCUGCUUCUACAGCAAUACCAGACCCUCAAGCUGAGAGCGUCGGAAGCCCCUCCCUCCUGUGACCCGCCCCCCGUCCUGUACCCGAUACUGGUCUGUUUGGGAAAUGCAGAAUCGUCCUCUCAGGCUUCCUGUACACCAACGUUCAACAAGUGCCCAACACAGGUGCAAUGCCUCAUGUUGUUCGUUAAAGGUGGAGAAGUGCCCUACUUGUGGGCGGUUGGGUGUGUGGUGUGGGUGUGGGUGGUGGAUUUUUGUUGUAUCAUCCCACAGUUGGAGUUGGAAAGGCGUGAUUCAGAAAUGAGAGCAAAAAGGGAGGAAGAGGAGAGGAAACGUCUAGAAGAGGCCCUGAGGGCGCGACAGGAGGAAGAACGCAAGUCCUUGGCAGAAGAGGAGCUGGCACGGCACAAACAGGAGGAAGCAUUAAGACGGGAGCGAGAGCAAGAUGAGGCACAACGCAGGCAGAAAGAGGAAGAGGAGAGAAUGGCACAAGAGGAAACUCUCCGUAGAUUAGAAGAGAGGAGGAGGGAAGAGGAGGAGAGAAGGAAACGAGAAGAGUUCCUUCGCAAACAGGAGGAUGAGCGCAGAAAGCAGGAGGAACUAGAAGCACUGAGGAGGCGUGAGGAGGAGAAGCGAGCAGAGGAAGAGGCAGCAGCUGCUGCGGCUGUUUUAGCACAACAACAACUGGAGGAGCAGAAGAGGAGAGAGCAGGAGGCCCAGAGGCAGCAGGAGCAGCAGAGACAGAGGCAGCAGCAGCAGGAGGCGCUCAGGAGGCUGCAGCAGCAGCAGCAGCAGCAGCAGCUCGCACAGAUGAAGCUUCCGUCCUCCUCAAAGUGGGGCCAGCAGUCGUCGGUCAGCGCUGUGAACCAGAACCAGAGCGCCCUGUCGCUGGCAGAGAUCCAGAAACUGGAAGAGGAGAGAGAACGACAGACGCGAGAAGAGCAGCGACGCCAGCAGCAGGAGAUGCUGAAGCUCCAGCAGCAGCAGGCCCUGCAUCUGGCUCAGCAGCCCCAGGCCAAGAUGUCUAGCUGGGGCAGUGUGGCCACACAGCCGGCUGCCACCAAGUCGCUGCUGGAGAUUCAGAGGGAGGAAGCCCAGCAGAUGAAACAGCGGCAGGAGCAGCCGCCACCACAGCCACAGCAGCAACAGCAGCAACAACAACAACAACAACAGCAGCCACAGCAGCAGCCGCAACCACAGCCCAUCGUCCCACAGCAGAGCCGCAGUCAAAACAAAACUACGUCGUCUCUGAGUAGCUCAGUUUGGGGCUCCAUGAACACGAGCCCCUCCACUAACUGGGGCUCGGACUCCAGCAGCAUCUGGGGCGACACAAACAACUCUAACUUGGGCUUCUGGGAUGAGGCUGUGAAAGAGGCCGUGCAGCAACCGCCUCCAACCAAGAAAGCCAGCACGCAGAAAAACAACAAAGGCAACGCCAACCUCAGUAACUCUGUGAGUGGGCGGGUCAAUAAGAAAGCCGAAGAGGAGGAGGAGAAGUUGGUAAAGUUGUUUCAAGGGGUCAAUAAGAGCCAGCAGGACUCCUUCAUGCAAUGGUGUGAGCAAACCCUGCACACCCUCAACACGGCCAACAAUUUGGAUGUUCCCACGUUUGCUUCCUUCCUGAAAGAAGUGGACUCUCCGUAUGAGGUGCACGACUACGUCCGGGCCUAUCUGGGGGACACUCCCGAGGCCAAGGACUUUGCCAAGCAGUUCAUCGAACGACGUGCCAAACAGAACGCUAACCAACAGAAACCGGCACCGCAGAACCAACAGCAAGCCCUCAAGCAGCAGCAGCAGCAGCAGCAGCAGCAGGAUUCUGUAUGGGGUGGAUCAUCGUCGGUGUAUCAGUCCAACCAUACGAGCGCCCAGCAGCAACGCUUUGAGACCGUCACCUCAGGGAAAAAGAAAAAGAAGCAGAAGAUGGUCCGCGCAGACCCCAGCCUCCUAGGUUUUUCUGUGAAUGCCUCAUCUGAGAGACUGAAUAUGGGAGAGAUUGAGACUUUGGAGGACUUUUAAGGGACUGCAGCCAAGCGAACCCCACUGACUGUUUCCGUUUUGAACAGCAGCCGUUUUACCCGAACCCCCUCUGACACUGCCCCCCCCGACUGCUUCCACAACAUUCACCUUUUUAUUUUCAGUUUCACAUUUAUCAGAUGUACUCUGGUAAUCCCUCUUUAAAUUUCAGAUUGUGAACCAACAGUCAUCUCUUGAGGCAGGGUGUGUUUUUCCUUUGGCUUUCGGACCUAUAAUCUGAUGACAUGGACUGGAGCAAAGUGGCCAGUGAAACAUCCGACCAGCCCAGAGCAACUUGACUUUCUGGAAAAAGUUUGCUGGAGCAUCGAUGUCUGUUGGGCUUCAGCUAGUAGUUCCCGGAUCGUGUCCUAAAAUUCAAAGUGACUUCAAAUUACCAAUUUGGCCUCCAUUUAAUAGGAUUUUUUUUUUUUAAAUGUGUGGAUAUAUGGGAAGGGUGGUUGGGGUAUAAUGGGAAAGGUUAGAGAUUAUAUCCUUUUGUUUUAUUUAUUGAAAGUUUUGUCCCUUCACUUUAAUCCCCUCCUUCUCUUUCCCCUCCCUGUUUUCUGCUGGGUGUUCAUGGGUAAUGACGGCAAAAGUAGAGCCCAAGGAUUCGUGGCCACUUAUGUCCUGUUUUAAGGACAUAUCAAAAGUUCCAAGUAGUUAUCUAUUUCUUGUAAAAUACUAGGCUGUUUAAAGAAUAAACUUUCAAUUCUGCAUCUGUAUUAUAAUAUAUGAAAAAGAACUGCUGGAGUCAUACUUUUUUUUUUAUUGUGGUAUGAAACAAUAAAACGGUCUUAUGUGUGGGCUGUUCACACCUCUGUCUGAGCUAUUCAGAAAACAACACACUUGUGCAGUAUUCAUUCAAUUCACCCACACUCACUCUCACACUGACACAUUUCAAAGAGUCGCAAAGGUAUAGAGGAAAUGAAAAGCUGUAAAUAGAAUAGAUUGAAGCCAGCUAUCAGCAUUCACAGUGGUAAUAGACUAAAGAUCAUUUAAAUCCCUCGAAAAGAAAUACUUUUUUAAUGAGUAAUUUUAUGUAACAUGCGUUGGUCA